AUGGCAGACAAACAAGCGACAGUCUACGUAAUAGACCUUGGUUCGACCCUCUCCCGCGUGCAACCCCCGCGGAGCGAAUCCGACCUGGACUACGCCCUGACCUACAUCUGGGACAAAAUCACCGCGACCAUAUCCACGGGUCGGAAAACCGAUGUGAUCGGCGUGGUGGGCUUCCGCACGGAGGACACGGACAACACCAUGGCCACGGCGGACGGCUACGAGAAUAUAUGCGUUCUGGCACCAAUUGCGCAGUUUUUGAUGGAUCACUUGAGGGAUUUGAGGAGGGUGCUUGUGCCCAGUCGUAAGAAGGGGAGAGGGGGGGAUGGGUUUUCGGCGAUUUGUAUCGCCGUGGAUAUGAUUAUGAAGUAUUGUCGGAAGUUGAAGUAUAUUAGGAACAUCGUGCUCGUGACGGAUGGGCGGGGGGAGUGGGAUGAUGAAGGGUGUGAAGACAUUGUCGGGCAGAUUCGGGAGGAGGGAAUUAAUCUUACAGUGUUGUAAGUUUUUACCCUCUUUCUGGUUGUUGGGGGCGGGGAGGAGGGGAGUGGAAUUGGGGCUGAUGUUGAUGUGGUUUUUAGGGGUGUGGAUUUCGAUGAUGAGGAGUAUGGGUUUGUAGAGCAGGGGAAGGAUCCUAAGAAGGUGGGUUCUUGAAUUUUUUUUUUCUCCCGGGGGGGGUUCGCUGACUGUGAUGACAGGCACGGAAUGAGAAAGUUAUCAAAAAGAUGGUUGAAGGGUGCAAUGAAGGUGAUCAGGAGUUGGGUGUCUUUGGUACACUUGCAGAGGCUAUAUAUGAACUUGGGAAGCCGCGGUUGAGGAAGGUUCGCCCGGUAACGUCGUUCCGUGGGGAAUUGACGCUUGGUAAUCCGGGAACAUAUAAUACCGCCUUCUCCAUCAACGUCGAGCGGUAUCCCCGCACUGCCAUCGCAAAACCAAUCAGUGCGAGCUCAUAUACUGCCAAGACUGAAACGCCAGGCACUGCCGGUGAAGCAUCUGGCGAUGGUCCAGUGUCGAAGAGCACAGAGUUACAGGCUGUCAGGAACGCCAGGGCAUAUCAAAUUGAGGACGAAGCUGCCGCUGGGGGAAUGAUGGAUAUUGAGAAGGGGCAAAUGGAGAAGGGGUAUAGUUACGGAAGGACGGUCGUGCCGAUCAGUGCCACUGAUGAAACUAUCACGGUUUUGGAGACAGAGCCUGGGUUGCAGAUCGUUGGGUUUGUACCUGUGGACAAAUACAAGAGGUAUUUCAGCAUGUCCACUACGAACGUCAUUGUUGGAGCCAAGGAUAAUCCAAAGGCUGCUAUGGCAUUGUCGUCGCUCAUUCAUGCACUUUUCGAAUUGGAAUCAUAUGCGCUUGCUCGACUGGUUACUAAAAAGAAUGUUGCGCCGGUAUUGGUGCUUUUGGCGCCGUUCAUUGAUGCGGAUUAUGAAUAUCUCAUUGAUGUUCAAGUUCCGUUCGCUGAAGAUGUGAGACAUUAUAGGUUUCCAUCAUUGGACAAGGUCAAGACUGUUUCCGGAAAAGUUUUGGAAAAGCAUCGCUUUCUCCCAACACCAGACAUGGAGAAGCUGAUGAGCGACUACGUUGACAAGAUGGAUCUCAUGACGGCAAAUGAUGACGAAGACGAGCCUGAAUAUGCCACUGUGGACGAAACCUUCUCGCCCAUUCUUCACAGGAUAAGCCAAGUCGUGAGAUGGAGAGCUAUCCACCCGGACGACCCUCUGCCACCAGUACACGAAAUCCUAACUAAAUAUGACCACCCACCAGAAAACCUCCUCGAAGCCUCAACCGACACCCUGAAAAAAUUAAUCGAAGCCAGCGAUGUGAAAAAGGUAGAUCCCAAACUCGCCGGCCGAAAGCGCGGCCGUGAUCAGCCCGUUCCCAAAUCUGGCCUAGACGUUGAAGCCCUCCUCAGUUCUGCCGCUCCUUCAGUCUCUAAGAAGGCAAAGAUCUCAUCAACAAAUCCGAUCCCAGACUUUAAGAACAAACUGCGGACAACGGAGGAUCUCGCCGAUCUCGAGGAGACAGGGAAGGAGAUGCUCGCUGUGCUGAAGGAGCUCAUCAAGUACUCCCUCGCAGACGUGAAUUAUGGCCGUGUAUGUGAGAUUUUAAAGGUUAUGAGGGAGGAGUAUAUCGAGUAUGAUGAGCCUGGGGUGUACAAUAAGGUUUUACAGAGUUUGAAAGAGGCGAUAGUUUCUGAGGAAUUGGAUGGGGAUAGGAUGGAGUGUUGGGAUGAAAUUCGGUAUAACAAGUUGGGAUUGAUUACUAAAGAGGAGAGUGAGAGGGUGGAGGUUGACGAUGCAGAGGCUAGGAAGGUAUUUUUUUUUUUCUCCCUGUCUCCAUGAAGUUUGCGGUAUCAUGUUUGAGUUGAUUGCUGACUCUUGGGCUUCGUGCUGUAGUUUCUUUGGGGUUGAAGAGCUGACUUGGUGUGGUAUGUGUUUACGAAACAUAUCCUGUGAUAGUGUUAG